CUUGUGCACCACGUAUUUGAUCAAAGUUUGUUGAUCGUGCUAUAUCUGUAGGCUGGAAAAAUGUGGAAGCUUGCACUUGUGUCGGUGCUACUUGUUUUUGGGAUUGCAAAAUACCUUGGGAACAAGGUAGAACCUGAGGUACCAACUCUACCACGUGACCAGUAUUGGGGACCAGGAAAACCUACAAAGAUCGACGAAAGCAUCCGUCCGUUCAAGAUCGACAUUCCGAAAAACGUUAUAGAUGAUCUGAAGAACCGUUUGGAAAGGACACGGUCCUUAAGAAAGCCGUUGGAAGGUGUAGGAUGGACUUACGGUAUCAACAGCGACUAUUUUCAAACUAUAAUAGAGCAUUGGCGGACAAAGUACGAUUGGACAAAACGCCAAGCCCUCCUCAACAAAUACCCCCAGUUCAAAACAAAUAUUCAAGGUUUGGACAUCCACUUCUACCAUGUGAAGCCCACUGUACCUAAGGACGCUUCAGUGCGGGUCCUUCCUCUGUUAAUGGUUCAUGGUUGGCCCGGAUCUGUUGUUGAAUUCCAAAAGGUCAUCCCUCAGCUCACAACACCGCGCCCUGAUCGAGACUUUGUCUUCGAAUUGAUCGUGCCAUCACUUCCGGGUUACGGAUUUUCCGAUGGAGCAGUUCGCCCUGGAAUGGGCUCUGCACAUGUGGCAGUGAUAAUGAUGAAUUUGAUGGACAGACUGGGCUUUGAAAAAUUCUAUACACAAGGUGGGGAUUGGGGAAGCAGUGUCGUCACACAAAUGGGAAUCUUUUAUCCUAAUAGAGUUUUCGGCACACAUCUGAAUUUCUGUAUAGUCAGAAUAGGUUCGUCAAUGCUGUGGACUAUUAUCGGCGCCUUCAUUCCAUCGCUUGUUGUUAGUGAUGAGCACUGGUCUAAAAUGUACCCUCUAAGCCAUCAUUAUUCCCGUCUUCUCGAAGAGACUGGAUACAUGCACCUGCAGUCGAGUAAACCCGACACCGUUGGCGUCGCUCUUACUGAUUCUCCAGCCGGUCUGGCUGCUUACAUUCUUGAGAAGUUUAGCACCUGGACGAAUGCUGAGUACAGAUUCAGCCAAGACGGUAAAUUACUUGAGAAAUUCACCCUCGACGAACUUUUGGACAACGUUAUGGUCUACUGGGUAACAAGCUCAAUAACGACCAGCAUGCGUUUGUACGCCGAAAGUUUUAACUUGGAACACCGAAAGCUGGGGACAGAUGGACUUCCUUUGCACUCACCGUCAGCUUGUGCUCUUUUCCCACAUGAACUCACGUAUUCUCCAGAGUCCCUCCUGCGUCCCAAGUAUCCAAACUUAAUCCAAGCGAAUCAUCUGCCUCGUGGUGGUCACUUUGCAGCUUUUGAAGAACCUCAGCUUCUAGCUGACGAUGUCUGGUCUUUUGUUGAUAAGGUGGAAGCCAGCAGAAAGACUGAAAAGAUCUCCAAAUCAACGGAAUUAUGAUCAAUGCUUCGUGAUAAAUUAAAGCAUCUCGGUAGGGUUGUACUGUAAUAAAAAGUUUGAAACUAGCAUGAUGAUA